ACGUGGGGGGGCGUGUACGCGUUAGGAAAGCACUUUGUGGGGGGACUUCUGUAGCGUUUCAUCCUCUCCGAGGGCUGAAAUAUUUAGGGGGGGGCAACAAAACGGACAAACACCUCUUUUAACUUGCGCGUCAUGUCAACGAAAAGCCUGUAAAACAACGAAGGACGUAAAAGUGAAAAAUACAAAAAAAAAAAAAAAUCGUAAAACACAAAUAAAAACACGUUUAUAAAGACCAAGCGGAACUCCUUAGAGGAUCCUUGCUCUUCCACCCGUCUUCUAAUAGUUAUUCGGUCGAGCUCCCAUGCAUACGCACUAUCCUUGGGCCAACAUGAAGCCAGAGAUCAUGGCGGCGGUGAGUUUCAUCACGAAGUUCCUCCGAACCAAAGGCCUCAUGAACGACCUCGACCUGCAGACGUUCAACCAGUCCCUCCAGGAUCUACUGGCCGAUCACUAUAAGCAUCACUGGUUUCCAGAAAAGCCAACUAAGGGGUCGGCCUAUCGUUGCAUUCGGAUUAACCACAAGAUGGACCCUUUAAUUGGACAGGCAGCAGAUCGUAUUGGACUCAACAGCCAGCAAAUGUUUAAACUUCUGCCAAGUGAACUUACUUUGUGGGUUGACCCAUAUGAAGUAUCAUACCGCAUAGGAGAGGAUGGCUCUAUUUGUGUAUUGUAUGAAUCUGUUCCAGGAAGUGGUAUCAGUCCAAACAGCAGUGGCUCUCUAGUUGAGAGUAGGAUCAGCUGUAAAGAUGAACUUCUGUUGGGCCGAACAAGCCCAUCCAAAAGAUACAACAUGAUGACUGUAUCUGGUUAAGAUAUGGUUGAUGACUGGAUCAUCUUAUAACAGAUGGAAACCAAUUUAUUGUUUUUUAAUUUGGCAGGGCUCCUAUGGGGAUGGAUUGUGAAGUUUAUACAAUGACACAGCUGUGAAGAUUGGACACAAAAUAUCAGUAGAUCUUUCUGAAGUGAAAGUGCCUUUGUUUAGACAGUGUCUUUAGUAAUUAUAUAGCCUGUUAUUUACACAAAUAUAAAAAAAAGUAGAGGCCUUUUAAAAUGGUCUCAAUCUGUUUACCACUAUACUUUUAGUUUAGUGUUUACAUUUGUGUUACACUUUAAACCCAAAGCUCAAUGUUUGUUAAAAAUUCUUGUGUACUUUAUUUAAAAGUACAGUUUGCACUAAUGAACUCAAAUAAUAACGAUGCUUCUGGCAGCUCAGUAGCAAGAUAAAUUGUUUCAAAUAUGAAAUAGACUGGAAUUGUAUAUGGCAGACCUAACUUGCACUGAAUAUGUAUAGUUUGUAAAUAGGAGAGAUGUGAGCAUAUUUGAAGUCUGCUGCGCAAACCUGAGGAUUAUUCAUAUUGUGAUAUCCGCAUAAAUGUAACUGUAUUGAGAACAGGCAUUUUAAAAUGUGUAUUAAAGGCACUGUAUUAACUAUGGCACACUCAUCAGUCAGCUUAUCUGUACUUUACUAGCUUGAAGUUUUCUAAGAUCGAGUAAACUUCUUAUUUUUAGAAAGUGGAGUUCUUUGUAAUUUCUUGUACUUAAUUGGGUCUUUUCCACACGCACCAUCUAUUUUGUGAACUUUUAUGUCCUUUUAUUCGGUAAAUUAUGAACUGCUGUAAAUUUGUACAGUUCAUGUAUAUUGAUUGUGGCAAAGAUGUACAGAUUUCUAUAUUUUGGAUGAGAAUUUUUCUUCUCUAUAAUAAAUUGUUUCUUAACUUGC